UAAUUCUGGUUUAUAAUUCUGUCAAAAUUCUUUCUUGUAUUCGAUUUCUUUAAAGAUAAAUAUAACCUAUAUAAAAUGUUGCUCCUUGGAGAUAUUUUUCCUAAUUUUCCUGCGAACACUACAGAGGGUGAAAUUGAUUUUCAUAAUUGGCUUGGUGAAUCAUGGGGCAUCCUCUUCUCUCAUCCCUCUGACUUCACACCAGUUUGUACAACAGAACUCUCGAGAGUCAUUAAGCUGAUGCCUGAGUUCCAAAAACGCAAUGUGAAACCCAUUGGUCUCUCAUGUGACACUGUAUUCUCACAUUUAGCUUGGUGCAAGGACAUAAAAAAAUAUGCUGGAUGCCAUGAAGAUGAGAAAUUUCCAUAUCCCAUAAUCGAAGACAAAGGCAGGAAUAUUGCAAUGAAACUAGGUAUGCUGGACAAAGAUGAGCUGGAUACAGUUGGAAUGCCUCUUACUUGUCGUGCUGUAUUCAUUGUGGACCCUAACAAGAAGUACAGACUCUCCAUGUUAUAUCCUGCAACAACUGGUAGAAACUUUGAUGAGAUUCUUCGAGUCAUUGAUUCCUUGCAGUUGACGGACAAGAAUAAAGUCGCUACUCCUGUUGAUUGGAAGAUGGGCGAUGACUGCAUGGUUCUACCUACGGUUCCAGAAGAACAAGUACCAAAGAUGUUCCCGCAGGGAGUCACUGUGCAUCCGUUGCCAUCUGGAAAAUCUUAUCUUAGGAAGACUCCGUGCCCUAAAGUUUAAUAAAAGCGUUAUAAAGUUUAAUUAUAAUUUGAUGUUCAAGUUUUCUGAUUUAUUGUGAUAAAUUUUAAGCAUUUAUAGGUCUGAACUAUAGUAUUUUUUUAAAAUAAACGAUGUAAGUUCAA